CGUCUCUAGAGAUGGUGAUUCCACCACCUCCCUGGGCAGCCCGUCUCUAAUCACCCUCUAUGUGAAGAAAUUUCUCCUAAUGUCCAACCAAAACCUCCCCUGGCAUAGUUUAAGACUGUGUCCUCUUUUCCUAUUACUGGUUGCCUGGGGAAAGAACACGACCCCCACCUGGCUAGAGCCUCUUUCGGGGAGUUGUGAAGAGUGGUAAGGUCACACCUGAGCCUCCUCCAGGCUAAACACGCUCACUGUCCUCACAGCACCUGUGCUCCACUCUCCCCAGCAGUAUUGCCCUUCUCUGGACCCACCCCAUCACCUCGAUACCCCCUCUGAAUGAGGGGCCCAGAACAGGACACAUCUCAAGGCGUGGCCCCACCAGUGCACAGCACAGGGGAGGAAUCACACCCCUUGUCCUGCUGGCCACAGGCCAGGGUCCAACACCAGCAGCAUGAACUGCUGCAGCAGCAGAGGAGAUUCAGGGUGUCCCUUACACAGCUUGUAUCAUUUGAACAGUUCUAGAGUUGUGUAAAUGCCUUUCACCGUAAUAUAUUGAUACAAAUAUGAGAAAAGAAAUACCUACUCCAGUUUAGGUCCCUUACAUGAAUUAGUGCCAUACAUACUGGGGCCUCUGUAAAACUGCAACAGUUGGAAGUCAUGCAGUUAAAAUAAUUUCACCUGAUUUAGCUGAAGUACAGUCAUUAGUAAAUAUUUUAACUUGUAACCAGCUUAAAAGAGCUGCAUUAGUAUACAGCUGGUUUUGCCUUUCAGAGUAAUCUUGCUCCAGCAAAUUAACCUUGAGACACUAAACUCAGUGCAUGGUGACACAGUCCAACACAGCUACACAGCUUGUAUCAGUGCACUUGCUGGGCAUGUUCAAGGCAGUCUGUAAAACCCAACCAGAUUACUUUAUACACCCACCCUACAGAAUUAAAAGCAUCACAAUUUCAACAUCCCUAAUUUGUUACCCUGAGCUGUGCCAGCUUUAUCAGAUAAGAGGUGUCUGCUCUGUUAACUAAAAUAGAGGCUACACAGGAUUUACCUUAUAACUUGACAAUAUUAUAAGUUUUACAAUGAGUUAUUGUUAUCAUCUGUUACUAAAGAGAUACUGUCCAACCAGUUAUUAAAAGAAGUGAUAACUAAAGUAUUUUUUUUUGUGGUUUAGAGGUACUUUUGCACAUGUGAGUUACCUAUGAACAGCCAUAAUAAUUACAUAAAGAGCAGUUUGGGGUGUUUUGAUUUGUUGGCUUUUUUGUUUGGUUUGGGUUUUUUCCUGGCCUUUUACUACCAUGAUGAUAAGCUUCCAACAAUGUGGUUUUUCCUGUGUGGCAUACAACUUAAACUUCCCUCUAAAAAAAAUACAUAACGAUACAUUUCAUUCUUCUCUUCAUGCAGUAUUAUCCUAUUUCCUGGCUGCAGUACUGCAUCAAGAGAAACUUCUUGUACACCAUGGCUAUUUUUGAUCGCAUUACCUUUUUCUGCCUUCAGUUUUAAACCUUUUCCUAACCUGUGUGUUCUCUUACAUAGUAACAUGCAAGGCCACAAUUCCAGUCUGUUGCCCUUGUCAUUUGUGUUCUUGUUUCCUCUCAGCUCACAGGAAAGCUGUUUAAAUCUCUGUGCUGCAUUGAACUCCAAAUAACUCCUUUGAAAUGUCUGCAAAGAGAUUUCAGCAAAAUGUCAGUGAAAGUACCCCCAAUCCCAAAGAACAAAAUUUCCCUACAAUGUGGAGUGCAGUGUCAAGACCAGGCUACCCAGCUGAGCUACAUUCUGGUCUGAUGAACACGUCCAGGUUUUCAAGAAUGCUCUAAGAAGGAUCAGAAAAUGAGCAUGAGGACUGUUGUUCACAAACCCACAUCCAUCCAAGUGAUAAUUCUCAAUAUGAACAAAUUCUGUCCAGAAGAAAUUGUAAUAAUGUCUCCAACUGUUGCUGAGUCCAAUGAGUAACUUUCUCCAGUGGCAUGCUUCCAACCAUUCUUGUCUUCUGAGCUUUCUGAGAUGGAAUAUGCUUCCCUUGCCCAGAAGUGUCAUCUUUUUUGUAGCCACUAAACUGGAUUUCCAUGUGGAUUUCUCCUUCAAACUUUUCCCCUUUUGAGGACCUCCUGCCCAGCUACAGUGAUGUGGUUGUUGGAAAAGAUCAGACCAUCACAUGAAAAUGGAAACCUCCCCAGCUCUUCCUUCCUGGGACUGCCACAAAGCCAAAAUCUGCCAGAAAAGGCCCAGCUGAGGGCUGCUGCUUUUCCAAAUGUGAUCACUCCUGACAGAAUCCCUGAAUUCUGCAUUCCCCCCAGGCUGACCAGCUCUGGCUCCAUUAAGGGCAGUGGCUUCCACCAGGAUCACAGCUCAGUGGAUGCAGCUCUUACUUCUGAUUAUAGCCCCAGCUCUUGCCCACAUCUCAUUCAGGUGGAAAGUGUUGAAGAGGAGAUCUCAGCCCUGGAGGAAGAAAGCACCAAUGCAGACCCACAGUCCCAAGCAGCGCUGUCCCUGCCCCACUUUCCCAGAGCCUCCACUUCCUAUGGCUUCUGCACUUUGCUGGAGAGUCCCCACACCAGGAGGAAGGAGUCCAUCUUCCAUGGUGAUCCACGUGCGGCUCUGCCCAGCCUGAAGCUGUCUCGAUCCAGGGCUAACACCUUCAGUGGCAAAGGCAGCAUGUCUAAUCCCAUUGCUAUCAACUUUGCUUCUGUGAGACUGCCACCCAAGCAUCUCACUCUGCACAGGCAAGGUGCCUGUGACAGCGACACUGCCUCUUCCAGUGAUUCCUCUCCUUUCAGUUCUCCACUUCUCAACAGGUCACCUCCCAGACCCUGCUCCCUGAUCAAAGCACAAAGUCAGGAGGGAUUGCUCUGCAGAGCACUGAAAGACAAAAGCAAACACAGUAUGCCCAGGAACAAUUCUCUCUCUACAGAGGACAGCAGCUCCACUGAUAACAGCCCCAGUGCCAUCAGGAGGUCCUCUGAGGGGCUGCUUGGCAUACGGGGUUUUAGCACCUCCUGUUCUCCCCUGUUUCCAGUGGACCUGAGCUGCAGUCGGGAGAGGCUGGUGGGAGAGAGUACUGUGGUAAUGGACAAGGGAGGCAUGUUGAGGCUGUCAGCUGAGUACUGCUCAGAGAACGAGAGGCUGCGGAUCCGCCUGAUCAGUGCUGAGGGUUUAUAUGAUGACUCUGUAGAGCCCAAAACCAUAAACUGCUGUAUCUCCUUCUCUCUGGUGCCAGGGAAAACACAGAAGCAGAGAAGCACAGUUAUAAAGAGAAGUAGAAAUCCCAUCUUCAAUGAGGACUUCUUUUUUGAUGGCAUUGCAGAAGAAGAGCUGUACAGCCUCUCUGUCAGGAUGAAAGCAACAAAUAAAGGGUGCAGUAUGAAACGGGAUUAUACCUUAGGAGAACGGGAAUUGUCUUUAAUGAGUAUGUUGGCAGUGUAGUGCUUCAAAUAUUCAAACAAUUUGUCUUCUGAAAGUUUUCUACUAAAUAAACUUUUAGGUUGACUUUUA